AUGACCACCUGCAGCCGCCAGUUCACCUCCUCCAGCUCCAUGAAGGGCUCCUGUGGCCUUGGUGGCGGCUCCAGCCGCAUCUCCUCUGUCCUGGCCGGAGGCUCCUGCCGAGCCCCCAGCACCUACGGGGGCCUGUCGGUCACCUCCUCCCGCUUCUCUUCCGGGGGAGCCUGUGGGAUGGGGGGUGGCUACGGGGGCGGCUUCAGCAGCAGCAGCUUUGGCGGGGGCCUCGGCGGGGGCCUGGGUGUUGGCUUCGGUGGGGGAUAUGGUGGUGGCUUUGGUGGUGGAAUCAGUGUUGGCUUUGGCGUUGGUGAUGGUGGCAUCCUCUCUGGCAAUGAGAAGGUGACCAUGCAGAACCUCAACGACCGGCUGGCCUCCUACCUGGACAAGGUGCGGGCCCUGGAGGAGGCCAACACCGACCUGGAGGUGAAGAUUCGCGAUUGGUACCAGAGGCAGCGGCCCAGUGAGAUUAAGGACUACAGCCCCUACUUCAGGACCAUCGAGGACCUGAGGAGCAAGAUCAUUGCGGCCACCAUGGACAACGCUCAGCCCAUCCUGCAGAUUGACAAUGCCAGGCUGGCAGCCGAUGACUUCAGGACCAAGUAUGAGCAUGAGCUGGCUCUGCGUCAGACCGUGGAGGCCGACAUCAACGGCCUGCGCAGGGUGCUGGAUGAGCUGACCCUGACCAGAGCUGACCUGGAGAUGCAGAUCGAAGGCCUGAAGGAGGAGCUGGCCUAUUUGAAGAAGAACCAUGAGGAGGAGAUGCUGGCCCUGAGGGGUCAGACGGGUGGAGAUGUCAGCGUGGAGAUGAACGCAGCCCCUGGUGUGGACCUGAGCCGAGUCUUGAACGAGAUGCGUGACCAGUACGAACAGAUGGCGGAAAAGAACCGCAGAGAUGUCGAGGCCUGGUUCCUGAGAAAGACCGAGGAGCUGAACAAAGAGGUGGCCUCUAACAGCGAACUGAUCCAGAGCGGGCGCAGCGAGGUGACCGAACUCCGCAGAGUGUUCCAGGGCCUGGAGAUCGAGCUGCAGUCCCAGCUCAGCAUGAAAGCGUCUCUGGAGAACAGCUUGGAGGAGACCAAAGGCCGCUACUGCGUGCAGCUGCAGCAGAUCCAGGGGCUCAUCUGCAGCGUGGAGGAGCAGCUGGCCCAGCUGCGCUGCGAGAUGGAGCAGCAGAGCCACGAGUACCAGGUGCUGCUGGACGUGAAGACGCGGCUGGAGCAGGAGAUCGCCACCUACCGCCGCCUGCUCGAGGGCGAGGACGCCCACAUCUCCUCCUCACAGUCCGGCCAGUCCUAUUCUUCCCACGAAGGUAAGACCUCCGUCUUCUCGUCAUCCUCCCGCCAGCCCAGGCCCAUCCUCAAGGAGCAGAGCUACAGCCAGAGCCAGAGUUCCAGAAACUGA